AUGCUGGCUGGCUGCUGCAGACUGCAGUGCCUGCUGGCGGCUUGCCUGCACCUUCGCAUCCCAUCCCACACAUGUGCCACCGGACAGCUCCAUGGUACGACGACAAGAUGGACGUUGCUGCCGUGCUUGAGUUGUCAAAUUCCUAGUGUAGGGUGA